GUGGAGGACUCAGUCGGUCUACGGUGCUAGCACGAGACGCAGGUACCAAGCGUUUCGCCAGUCGACCCUGCAGCAGCCCUCCAGAGCCCCUGAGCCACGCCGCGCACUGCGUGCACCGACCUGCUGCCGUGGACGAAGUGUGUGCCCUUUAAGUGUUUGCAGUGUGUCGUGUGGGACGGUGAGCAGGGCAUGCCCUGACCGGUCGGUCAGCGUUCGCAGCGAGUCGGCGGUGCAUCAGGGUGCACCGCGGUCACCAUAGCGCGCUACACGUUCAAGACGGAGUCGCCGGGCAGCGAGGGCCUCUACUUCAACCCGGAGCCUGUGUCGACGAGCCCGCAGCAGGCGAGCACCCCGAACAGCGUCAUCACGAGCCAGCCGCAGGGCGCGUGCAGCCUGUGGAGACAGUCCCCGGCCGGCACAACGUUGAACUUCACGGACCUGGGCAGCCCUUACGGGGCGGGCGGGGGCGGCGGCUCGACGCCGGCCUCCGCCAUGACCAACGCGACGGGCGAGCUGGGUGGCGAGCACCACCCGGGCCCGCAGGACGGCGGCACCGCCACCCCCAACUCGAGUGCCAGCAGCAACAAGUCGGCCUUCAUCGAGCUGCAGCAGAACGCGUCCAGCUACCCGCCGGCCUCACUCAGGUACAACCACCCGCACUUGCAGGGCCAGCAGCACCACCACCCUGCCGAGCACCACCACGCGGCGGUCGCGGCAGCAGGCUUCGCGGCAGCCGUGCAGGCGUCGGCCGCUAGUCAGCCCCGCGCGUUGGGCGCCUACACCUUUUCGCCGGCCAUGCACCACGGUGGCGCUCACCAGCCGCACCACCACCCUUCCUACGGCGGAUACCAUCACCUCGGCGCCUACCCGCCCCAGUGUGCGUCCCCGCCCAAGGAUGAAAAAGGCCAAGAUGAUCCAACCGGCAUCAGGGUGAACGGCAAGGGAAAGAAAAUGCGAAAGCCGCGCACCAUCUACUCGAGCUUGCAACUGCAGCAGCUGAACAGACGAUUCCAGCGAACCCAGUACCUUGCGCUCCCCGAAAGAGCCGAACUCGCAGCUUCCCUUGGACUAACGCAAACACAGGUGAAAAUUUGGUUCCAAAACCGACGCAGCAAGUACAAGAAGAUGAUGAAGGCAGCGCAGCAGGGCGGUGGCGGGGCGCCGCCGUUGUCGAUGAGCCCUGGGCCGGGCGGCCACCACGGCGGCCACGACAGCAUCAGUCCCGGAGCGCCGAACAGCGUGGGCAGCUACGGCGGGCAGAUCGGCGGGCACGGCAGUCCGCCGUCGCCGUCGUCGACGCCGGGCAGCGACAUGUCGCCGCAGCCGCCGCCAUUAAUGAUGUCGUCGUCGCCGCCCAUCAACAGCGUCAUCUCACCGGCGGGGCCCAACUCGUGGGACAUGAACAAGCACCACCACCACCACCACAUCACGCCCGCCUCGUCGGCGGCCGCGCAGGCGGCCGCAGCGGCCGCGGCCGCCGUCGCGUACAUGCCGCAGUACUCGUGGUACCAGACCCCGGACGCCAACUCGAUGAACCAGGGCCUGCUGACGUAAGCGGCGGCGAACAGACAGUCGGUGUUUCAGUGUCAUCGGUGUGUAGAUGUACAGUACAACCACGUGAAAAUGCGUCCGGACUUAUUUUUCGUGUGCGACGGGGCAAAGACCGUGCGAGAGAGUGGUUGCACGUGUAUUUUCGAGACGUAAAAAACUGCUGUUCGACUGCCCGAAUGCAAACGUAUGUGUGUGAAUGCAGCUGCGCAUGAAAGAGAUAUCGACAAUUACGCGCGAAAGUUGUUACGUACUAAUAUUAUUAUCAGUUGCAGACGCAAAGCAGCGAGAACGCAUUUUUGAAUUGAUUCUAUGAAUUAUAUUGACGAGAGAGUUUUGGUAAUUUUAAAACAACACACUUGUCCCAAUGUAAUUGUAUAAAUACUGUCUAAAAUCGAGGUGUUCUAUAUGUUUUUCCUGUAUAAAAAGUAUAAUAUAUAAACUUCAUCGGAUUUCAUAAGAGAA